AUGGCUUCUCUGGUUGGCCCUCCAGAAAUCCAUGGCAAACAAAAAUCACUACCAGUUUCCACCAUCACCACCACUACCACCAACAAUCCAUUCAUAGAUCUAAUGGUAGCAAAUUUCAACUCAACACAAGUCCAAAACCCUUCAAAUAUGGGCUACACUGAAAACAUGUCUGCAACUUAUCUUUCUACUACCAAUCCUUGUUUAGAUUUCUUCUUCCAUGUUGUUAAUGAUACUCCUCCCAAAUCACUCAUCCAGUACUUACACCGCGCUUGGGAUCAUAAUCCCCUAACAGCAUUGAAACUGAUCUGCAAUUUGCGCGGUGUUCGUGGCACUGGAAAAUCUGAUAAAGAAAGUUAUUACACUGCUGCAUUGUGGCUUCAUCAGUUUCAUCCUAAAACCCUAGCUUGUAAUUUGGAAUCUCUAGUUAAUUUCGGGUAUUUCAAGGAUUUGCCUGAGAUACUGUAUAGGUUACUCGAAGGACCUGAUGUGAGAAAAAGGGCGAAAAAGGAAAAGAGUAGUAGAAAAAUGAAGAGAGUAAAAGCGGAGAACAGAGAUUGGAGACCAUUUGGAUUUGGAGGAGGACUAAAUGCGAGUAUUGAUAAAGGGGUGAAGAAAAUUGAAAUGGCGAAAAAGGCUUUUGAUAGAUACAGAGUUGAUCCGGAUUAUAAAUUCUUUCAUGAUCGCGUAUCUGAUUUAUUCGCGAAUUGUUUGAAGUUGGAUCUUGACUUGUUACGUGCUGAGAAAUUGACGGAGAUUAGUCUUGCUGCUAAAUGGUGUCCAUCUUUAGAUUCGUCUUUUGAUAAGAGAACACUUUUAUGUGAAACUAUAGCUAAGAAGGUGUUUCCAAGAGAAUUGUGUCCUGAAUACGAAGGGAUUGAAGAUGCACAUUACGCGUAUAGAGUGAGGGAUCGAUUGAGGAAGCAAGUUCUCGUUCCUUUACGUGCAGCAUUGGAGUUGCCAGAGGUUUAUAUAGGGAGAAAAGAUUGGGGUUCGAUACCUUACAAUAGAGUAGCAUCAGUUGCUAUGAAAAUAUACAAAGAAAAAUUCAUGAAAUAUGAUGAGGACAGAUUUAAAGAGUAUCUUGAGAAAGUGAAACAGGGGAAGGCUAAGAUUGCUGCUGGUGCAUUGCUGCCUCAUCAGAUAAUCGGAGCACUAAACGACACAGAUGAUGGAGGUCAAGUUGCUGAAUUGCAAUGGAAGAGAAUAGUAGAUGACUUGUCGAAAAAGGGGAAGUUGAAAAAUUGUCUUGCUAUUUGUGAUGUAUCUGGUAGUAUGACGGGUACUCCAAUGGAGGUGUCCGUGGCAUUAGGAGUCCUUGUUUCGGAGCUGAGUGUAGAGCCAUGGAAAGGCAAGCUUAUAACGUUCAGUAACAAUCCGACCCUUCAAAUAGUCGAAGGGGAGAAUUUGAUUUCCAAAGUUGAGUUUGUGAGAAAAAUGGAAUGGGGAAUGAAUACUGAUUUUCAAAAGGUGUUUGAUUUAAUACUAAAAGUGGCUGUUGAUGGGAGUUUAAAAGAGGAUGAAAUGAUCAAGAAAGUGUUUGUAUUCAGUGACAUGGAAUUUGAUCAAGCCUCGACGAAUCCAUGGGAAACGGAUUAUGAGACGAUUGUUAGGAAAUUUAAGAUGAAUGGUUACGAAAAUUGUGUACCUGAGAUUGUGUUUUGGAAUUUGAGAAACUCAAGAGCUACACCUGUGAAAGCAAACCAGAAAGGAGUUGGACUUGUGAGUGGUUUUUCGAAGAAUUUGCUUACGUUGUUCAUGGAAGAAAGGGAUUUUAGUCCUGAAGAUAUAAUGGAAGCAGCAAUUUCUGGUGAAGAAUAUCAAAAGCUAGUUGUGAUUGAUUGA